UCCACUUUGCAAAUAUGUCAGUCGAGAGUCUGGAGAAACAACAUAUCGCCGAUGCGAUUAAGAAUACAGUUACCGACGAGGAUGUCAAUCUUGUGGCACAAAAAUAUACGAAUAACAAAACAGUUCAAGUAUUGAAGUAUGAUAUUGGUAAUUAUUCGGAAGGAUCAUUAGGAUUUUUAGGGUCUCAUAGAAAUUUGAAAGUAACAUUACAGAGAUCAGAUGCAUCGAAUCCAGAAACGGUAAGUUUCUUUGUGAAAUCAAUGCCAUACGAUUGCAAGGAACAAGCUGAUUUUCUAAGUAGCGAAGGUAUUUUUAUCAAAGAAUCGAAUUUCUUCAAUGCAAUUGUUCCUCUGCUAGAGAGAUAUUGUGAAAGCGAAAAAUGGCACGCAACGUGUUACUUGGCAAAAGACGACUCAAUGAUACUAGAAGAUUUAAGGUAUCAAGGAUACAAUGUACUAAGCAAGACAUUCGAUGACACAUUGGCAAUAAAAUCUGUACUUGCUUGUUUCGCUCGAUUUCACAGUUGUUCUAUUUUGGCUGAACAUUAUAUAAAUCGUAAUUCAAAGAAACAAACUACAUUGAACGAGCAAUACCCAGGAUAUUUUGACGAGAAAGUAUUCGUACAAACAUCAAAAAUCGUUCGAUGGAUCAAGUGUGGAGAAGAUCUAGCAUGUUUACUGGCAAAACAUUUGGGUUACAAUCCAAAUAACAUACGAAAGGCUUAUGACCAAGUUUAUAAAAUACUUGGUCCAUCAAAAACUCAUCGGAACGUCGUUUGCCAUGGCGAUCCAUGGUCCAAUAACAUCAUGUUUGCCGAUAAUUCGCCUUUGUACAAAUGCAUCCUCGUAGAUUUUCAAAUCGUUAGAUAUGGCCCACUCGUAAUGGAUAUUUUGCAAUUUUUACAUCUGAAAGCUACAAGAACUUAUCGUGAAAAACACGAGAAAGAUUUGUUAAAACUUUACUAUUCCAUAUUGAAAGAGACUAUUGAAAGAAAUGAUUCGACAAAAAGUGUCGGAAUACCGACAUUGGAAGAAAUUUUAAUAGCGAUGGAUGAUAUGAGAUUACUUGGUCUUGUUACAGCCGUUCAGUAUUUUCCAAUUUCUAUGCUAGAUGCCAAAGUAGCUGCUGACUGUACCAAAGAUUCCGAUUCUUAUAAUCACUUCCUAUUUGUAGAUCGAAUUACAACGACGUUAGCCCACAUGAAAGUUAAUAAUUUUUACAAAAAGAGUAUUGAAGAGGCAGUCAUCGAGUUGGCCGAAAAAUGCGAGUCACUGUUCGAAUAAACUUUUAUAAAUUAAAAAUUAAAUUUAUUUGACGAUACUAGCGACUGAUAUAAAAAGUUCUAUUACAUGAUAAAAUUUCUUACUUAUAGAGAAAGCAUUUGAUUUCAACUAAAUUAAAUUUCUUUUUUGUACGUGAUGACUCCUCUCGCGUCGAGUCUUCCUCAAAUAAGUCCGCUUUUGGAUACAUUAUUAGUGAAGGAACUCGUAGAAGAUGGUUUCAAAUCCCCUAGAGAGUUUUCAGCGUCAGAAGCGAACCUUUGAAACGAGAACUUGGCUCUCUUCACAACGACUAAAUUACUCGAGGGAUUCUUACAGCUACUAUAUUCGAAUAACUAUCCUUUUUGAAUUUGCAAUUUGAGCGGUUCGAAAUUUAGCUAUAAAUUCUUCCAUUUUUAAUUUAUUAUUUAUUUAACUUAUAUUGAAGUUUAUAGUGGAUAUUGCUAAAAAAAUACGUGUUUUUAAUCUUCAAAUUAUUUUUUUCAUAAUUUUUGGGUGAAUUGAAAGAGCUACGUAAAUAUUUAGCAAUAACCAAAGCUGUGAUUCAGAAAAAUUUAACAAUAUACUUUAUUUUUUCACGCUCACGCUAUAUGCUUGGAAUACAAUUACGAUCGAUCAAAAACGUCCAUUUCAAUAGCCUGCGCACAAGCGAUAUCUUAGCAUUAUAUACACCCAUUGUGCAAAAGCCAGCAAGUACUUUAUUAUUAUUACUUUUCUUUGCAGCGGAAAACGUGGAUAUUAAGAGAAAUUGAGCGUGCACAAUUGAGAGUCAGAUUACUUACAAUGGUCUCUCGACAAUUUUCAGUUUCAACGUUAUUAUUACUAUUAUGCUUUGCGUGCUGUGCAUGUAUAUGCUAUAGGUUCUGUCGUUGCAUUUUCAUCAUUUGACUUUCGGAAUGUCUACUUUUGAUUGUUUCAUUUUCGAUUUUUCGCAUUGUUACAGGCGUGAAAAAGGUAUUUCAUACUUUAUUAAGACUUUCGAUCAGACAAUUUUAGUAUUUUUGCUUUUACGGGAUCAAAACCUCUUGCAUUCAUACGAAAUAUCAAUUUGUAAAUAAAGGAAGAGACAUCUCAUUUACCAAAUUAUUCU